AUGUACCCCACCAACAACUCUCUCUCUCUCUCUCUCUCUCUCUCUCUCUCCCCCCCUACCAGACUACCAAAAGUGUAUAUUGAUAUCAACGUUCAGGACAUUAGUGAAGCAGUUCAAAAUGGUAUAGCCAGUUUCGUCAUUUCCCUUGACACCUUGUUACUUUGUCCGAAUGGAAGAGCUCAAUUGAGUGAGUCAUCACAAACCAAAAAUGUUUCAAAUUUUAUUGCACCAGAAAUUCACACUGGAAUUCUUAUGUCAGAAGCAGCAAUUGAAAAGAUUUAUGUUUAUUCUCUGGGGAAAACUCUACAAGUUGCCAUUGACUACAGUCUCAAAAAAGAUCCGUCUUUGACUAUAAGCCGGAAUCUAGAAUCUUUACUAAAUGCCAUGUGCGAAAAGAAUCCAUCCCUUCGUAUUGCCCUCAUCCAUGUCCUUGAGGCCUGUUCACUCCAAUCACAGAGACGCACUGUAACUCGCACUCCAAGUUUUUCUCAGAGUGUAGCUCGUCUUGCAAAAACAGUUACAGGAACACAACUUGAUCUGUCGUACUGGAGUUAUGACUAUUACAAUUCUUACAACAAUAGUGGUAGCAGCAGCGACCAAAGUCGUCAAAGCACCCUCAAUCGCCGAUCGCUGAAGAGCCGUAGAGCAUCUCGAAGAAACAGGCGUCGAAAUGGAAGUGGCCGCAGCCACAAAGAAAAAGACCGUUCCAGAUCCAGAUCUCCUGCCACAUCUUCUUCCAGAUCUCGCUCCAGAUCAUACAGUAACGCUGGAAAUGUUGAAAAUAUUGAUCCCAAAGACGACAAAUACACAGACACUUCAUCUACUUCAAGCCAAAGCAUGAUAAAAACAUGCCAUGUUACAGCUUCACCAAAACGAAAACCGUCCAUCAACAGCCGACCUUCAAGCUUGCACAUCCUGCCUAAUUCUACAGCCACAACAAUUAGCAAUUCAGCAUCACAGGCCAGGUCUGACGCAUCACAGUCUUCCUUCAGCUCUAGUUCCUCCUCUAAGCACAGACGAUCUCCAAGUUCCUUAUUUGGUGCCAAGGCUGAUCUUCAUUUAGUCAACACCCCAGCCUAUGAGAAGUAUCUUCGGCUGAAAGACCGCCAACGUAAGCUGCAAGCUCUCCAAAAGACCCCAACUGAUGAAACAGGCUUUUGGGGAAGUGAUAAUUCAGAUGUUUUUUCAGACACAAGAUCAGUAACUUCCGGCAUUUCCAUCAUGCAAGGGAGCUUUCUGCCAGAUCUCAGUUCAGGGUAUGGACAAGAUAUGGCUCUUAAACUUGGCCCAAGGGGUUCAGACAGAGACAGUAUUGUCAGCAGUGAAAUGUCCUUCUUCCAGCACGAUCCCAAUGCAAUGAGGUCUGAGAUUGACCCCACCCCUUUGUAUGCUGCUCCAUCUCUGAAGUCAAUGACAGAACAAGCUCUUCAUCAUUCCAACAUUCAUCCAGCUCCUUACAGUCAGGUGCCUCGCAGUCCCAGCAGCAGUAUCCUCAGUUCUUUUGGAGAUGAACGUGUCACAGGAAACAAACCCUUCACAACAGCUGGCCUACUCACUCCCUCUCUUUCUGUCUACCUUUCUCUCUCUGCCUUCUUCACUUUUUCUUAUUCCCUCUCUCACUGUCAUCUAUUUAAUCUUACUUUUCACACCCUCUUUUUUUCUUCUUCAGUUAUCUCUUAUUCCUUCCCCCAUUGCUCUUUAACAGGCUUUCAUGCCAUAUUUAUUUGGUUGUUUUAG